UUUUGUCUUUAGAAGAAAAUUAAUUUGAAGAGGCUACGAAGCUGGUGUAGAGAGUCUCACCUCUUUUUCGCGCAGUAGACGGAGAGAUGAAAGAUUGUUAGUAAACAGUCACACGUGAAGAAAGAAGGAAGCUUUCCUGAGUUUUUCCAAGUGACAUCCCAAAGGAAUCAUGAUGGCUCAGAAGAACAAGAAGGAGGGUGUGGAGCGGUUCCAAGGUAUUGGAAUAGACUUCAAGGCUAAAAUGAUUGGCAUUGAGAAAGUAGAUGAUGCAAGAGGGGACAGAAUGUGUCAGGAAGCUAUGAUGAAACUCAAGGCAAUGGUGAAGGCAUCUGGGGAACAUAAGCAACGUGUUAAUAUAAAUAUCUCAAUAGAAGGCUUGAAGAUUAUAGAUGAAAAAACUGGAUGCAUAAACCACCAUCAUGAGGUUCACAAGAUAUCAUUUAUCUCCAGAGAUCCAGCUGACAACAGAGCGUUUGGUUAUAUUCAUGGAGACGCUAACAAUCACCAGUUCUUUGGAAUUAAAACGGAGAAAGCUGCUGAAAAUGUGGUCCUGGCACUGAAAGACUUGUUUCAAGUUGUGCUGGAACUGAAAACAAAACAGAUAGAAGACCAAAAAAUAGCAGCACAACAGACAACAUUGCAUCUCAAACCAAGUUAUGAUGACACUUUAUAUGAGGUACCAAUUGGACAAGAGAAAGCUGCUGUAAGUGAAAAUAGUGUGGCAGUCUCCGAAGCUCCUUCUGCAACCUCAGAGACUCCAGAGGAUGUGAAUGCAUUGUAUGCUGUCCCCAACAAAGGGCAUACACCAGAAUCCAGCAACCUUCUAGAUUUGGCAGCAGAAGUAAAGACAUUGCAAUUGGGUAUACAUGACAUGGAUCAAUUCUCUUUUGAUCCUGUACAAGAGGGUAGUGCAACCCAGAUCCAAUCACCAAAUUCUUCCGGUACUAAGUCACCAAACCCAUUUCAGGUGUCAAAUUCUUGGAACACAUUCGACUCAACCAACAGUCAACAGAGCAAGCCAACCACAAACUUUGGCACAGCUUUUGGUGACCCAUUUGUUGUUCCAACCAGCACACCACAAACCAACUCAGCCAAUCUCUUUGCAGAAUUUUCUGACACAUUCAAGCCCCCAACUAAUACAGCAGCCCCCGCGGCCAAUCCAUUUGGGAAUAAUUUUAGCAACACUUCAUUUGGUGCUCCAGCUGCCAAUGCCUUUGGAGCCCCGAACCAAUUUGGUGCCCCUGCAAGUAAUGCCUUUGGGGGAGCAGCUUUUGGAGCCCCCGCCAGUAAUACUUUUCAAGCUAAUUUCUCUACGCCGUCAGAAGCACCUGCCAUGCAGAAACCUGCUGAUCCUUUUGGCGAUCCAUUUGAUAUCGGUGGGCCACCAUCAGGCGACAGUUCUCAAGGUGUAAUUGGUCAACCUCUGGCUCCCACUGCUGUACCAACAACUAAUGAAUCUGCCUCCAAACCAGAUCCUUUCGGAGACCUCGGCUUAAUAAGUAGUUCCUCAUCAAAAUCUGGAAAGGAUAUGUUUGCAAACUUUCAGAUGGCCAAACCCGGAGAGGUUGCUAUGCCGGAUAUAAUGCCUGCAGGAAUGCCAGACAGGCCUCCACCAGCUGUUCCAUUAUCUACUGGUAAAUUAGAUUCUGAUUCAUCACCAGUAGAUACUUGUGAAGAAAAUGAUGAAGAUUUUAAUUUACCCCCUCCUCAGGUUCCUCCACCAACUCUUCCCCCUAGUUUUAAUACAAUUGAAGAGAUAGAUAAUGCUCCUCCUCCUCCACCCCCAAGGCCUAGAUACGCACUUCCAAACACAUCAUCGGUUGCAAUUCCACCCAGACCAGCAGGGCGCAGUAGCAUGCAAAAUCUGAACUCAAAUCAUACUGAAAAAAGCAGUUUGUCACCCACAACAGAUCUUUUUUCUAAGCAACAAUUUUCAUUACCUAGUGACUGGACAAGCAACUCAUUAGAAACAAACUUUGAUAGUAAAAACUUUGAAGGAAAUUCAAAUUCUGCUGGCAAUUUAAACUCUUUAAAUGUGUCAAUUGAUGAUAAAGAUGUGUUUGAUCCAUUUCAUCUGCAUUCGAAUAGCAGCAGUACUGCAGCACAAUCAAUAACAUCACAGUGCAUUUCAAACCAUCCGUCCAACACGCAUUCUAGCAGCUUUACAUCUCAUUUCUUGAAUCCAUCUUCACUUGCAAAUGGUACAAACGUACUGUCCACUUCAUUACCAACAAGGGAAAACUUUUUUGUGAAGAUGAGCACGUCUAAGUCAACAUCAUCCAUAUCAAGUCUUCAAACAAAAGCAGCUGUCUUGCCUAUUCAUGAGGAUCCUUUUGCUGAUGAUCCAUUUGCUACUAGUUCAUUCACUACCAGUAUAUCAUCUCAUUCAUCAGCUGUACCACCUCCGUUACCAUCACGUCCAAAAACCCAAAGUUCAGUUAAUAACGGAAAGAAUCCUGUUUUAGGUACCACCGCCAGCACAAAGCCGACCUUAACGACAUCGGAUGGAGUCACUCUCUUUGAUGACUCGCCUUUUGGCCUAUAGGCUCGGUGUUCAGAAGACUGAAAACACUGGGUAAAGAAGAACUGAAGCUGUUAGUAGACAAGAUAUCUUCCACAAAUUGGAUAAUGUGCAACAAUUUUUAUUAAAUAUUAUUCUAGAAUUUUAAAUAUAUGAUUUUAAAAUAUAUGAUUGUGCUUUUUAUAGUUUGUAUUGCGAAUUAAAUUUAUGGAAGCACUAGUGUAUCUAGAUAGAAUAUGAAUUAAAUUUUACUGCAGCUAUUUCCAUACUAUCAAGUUUUAUGUGAGAAAUACAGUAUGUGAUUUGCCCAUAUGGGCAUUGUACCAUUAAAAAAAAACCAAUUUAUGAGAUAUAAAACGGGUAUUUGUUGCUUAAAACUUUAUAGAUGGGCACAGCUUUAAAUCAUUAUAUUAAAUUUCUGAUAAGGCUUUCAAAUAUUAUUAUAUUUUAUUUUAAUUUCCAAAUUUGUCAUCUAAUGUAAGAUACUUUAGAAUUACAUGCAAGUGUGCUAAAAUUUGAUCUUGCCUUGUUCAUAUAAAAAAUAACAAUGAAUAUGUUAAUGUUUGUUUACUCCAUUUUAAAACUUAUUUUAUUCAGAAUUAUGAAUGGAAGGAUAAGUAAGAGCAAUAAUUUAAAAUUUUAAAAUAUGCAAUUUAAUAGUAACAAGAGUUUUACAAUUUGAAGUUUUGGUGUACUUUCUCAAUAACAUGUCCAACAGUUAUUUUGUUGACUUUUAAUAAAAAGAGAAUACUGUAAUUUUUCAGUACAAAAAUUAAACACAAGAAAACAAAAUUAUUUUGAUUUAAUGAUGAUAAAACUUCUUAUCCAUUAUUAAAGACCUGUACAGAUUACUGAAGUUUAUUUCACAAAAAUAUGGGCAUACAAAAUUGAUAAUGUGAACAGAGUUUAAAAUUCCAAUCUAAUCAAAUGUAUUACAGUAAUUGUGCGUCGUCAAAUAAUAUAGAUUUAAAAUACACAUAGCAUGACUAGCGAAUGCUCCAAAAAUUACUAAUAAAGUAUAGUGUACAGUAUAUAUAUUAUGUGAAAAUAAAGUUAUCAAACUCCAAUAUACUUUAGUAUAACACAUAUAUUUCUAAUCAUAACAAUUGAGUACCGUUAUAUACUCAUGUAUAAGACUAGGCUUAAAAAAGCAAAUCGAAAAACAGAGGGCCUUAUACGCACGACAUACAAAUAUUAGAUUUUUGAAAUCAUGUUCGUCUUAUGUGCGGAUCAUCCAUAACAUGCAAAUAUGAAUGAUAAAUACUGGGAAAUAAGAUAAUUGUAUUAUCUUGAAGAUUAGCUCUAAUUUUAGCCGGCUAGAUGCAGUAUCAAGACCAUAAAUAGCAAAAAUUCUGAAUUUUGACGGUGAAGGGGGUCGUUUCAUACACCUGACAUACAAAAAUCGUCCAAAAACCUUCUCAAACUUGGGGGUCGCCUUAUACACAAGUAUAUAAGGUAUAUGAUUUAUAAAGUAUAAUUUUUUUAUGCGAUUGAUAUUAAGAAAAAAUAACAAGAGGUGAAUAUUUUAUUUAGUGAUAAUUGGUAAUUUGUUGAUCAAAAUAUUGGCAAUAAAUAAAAUAUUAACUUGCACAUAUUCUGUAAUUUUAUUUUUAAAGGAAUUAAACAAUGGACCCUGGUAGGUCUUCAUGAAGUACUGAA